AUGGCAUUAGAAAUGAAGGAAGGGGUGGACAGCCAGCGAAAGCCUGCCACAACCCGGUCUGACCAAGAUACUGAAGCUGCGGCUGGGAGCACGAGUCCUGAUGCGCAACCGCAGCAACAGCUGUCUGCCUUCAAAGGCCUCGGUAUUCUAGAUCGCUUCCUAGCCCUGUGGAUUUUCCUUGCAAUGGCAAUUGGUAUCAUCUUGGGCAACUUUGUUCCCGAGACCGGGCCAGCCUUACAGAAGGGCAAGUUUGUGGGCGUUUCGGUGCCCAUUGCUGUUGGUUUACUCGUCAUGAUGUAUCCUAUUCUCUGCAAAGUGCGAUAUGAAUCGCUGCACGAGCUCCUUUCCCACAGGGAGAUGUGGAAGCAGAUCUGUUUUAGCAUCUUCGUCAACUGGAUUAUCGCUCCCUUCCUUAUGCUCGCUCUCGCUUGGGCUUUCCUCCCUGACAAGUCAGAACUUCGCACUGGUCUUAUUCUCGUUGGCUUGGGGAGAUGUAUUGCAAUGGUCCUCAUUUGGAACGGUCUCGCGGGGGGCAACGAUGAAUACUGUGCCAUCCUCGUCGCUAUCAACUCGAUACUCCAGAUGGUCCUCUUUGCGCCCUUGGCCAUCUUCUUCAUCCGCAUCAUCAGUCAUGAGUCGGGUACGGUUGAUAUAUCCUACAGCGUUGUUGCCACAAGUGUGGCUGUCUUCCUGGGCAUCCCCCUUGGAGCAGCCAUCAUUACGAGAAUUGUACUUCGCAAGGUCGCUGGAGCAGAUUGGUUUCAGCAGACCUUUCUUAAGUUCCUCGCACCUUGGUCCCUAAUUGGCCUGCUCUACACCAUUCUCGUUCUGUUCGCAUCCCAAGGCCGACAAGUUGUUCACCAGAUUGUAUCUGUCGUCCGGGUAGCUGCACCACUAAUUGUGUAUUUCGUGUUGAUCUUCUUUGUCACCUUGUGGGUUAGCAGACUCCUCGGCUUCCGAUUCCCCAUGGUAGUAACGCAGAGUUUUACCGCCGCAAGUAACAACUUUGAGUUGUCGAUCGCUGUAGCGGUGGCCACUUUUGGCCCCGACAGCGACCAGGCUUUGGCAUCCACCGUUGGCCCGCUCAUCGAGGUGCCGGUGUUAAUAGGCUUGGUAUAUGCUGUUCGCUGGAUGGCCAACAGAUGGGGUUGGAAGUAA